UACCGACCAACCUCCACACCCUGCGAGAGAGCUGUCCGCAUUCCUGCCAUACACACACAACACUCACACAAACACACACACACACACACACACACACACACACAAAGACAUAGCCAAACACGCCCUCACCUUCUCCCCAAGCAGGAAGAACCCUAAGGUAAACAGAGCAGUGGCGGGAUUGUGGGCCUGUCACUCAGCAGCCAACCCGGACCUCAUCCCCACUUACCCUGCAGUCUCAUCAUGAGCUCGGCUGGCAGCGAUGCAGGCGACGGUGGUCUGGGGGCCCCGCAGACGAAGACCCCCGGGGAGAAGGCCUCGGGGCCCGUGAGCGCAGACGGCUCGGGGUGGACGAGGGCCAGCUGCCCGUGCUGCGCGGGGGGCCCCGUGGAGCCCCUGGUGCUGCUGCAGCUCAGAGCGGGGCUCCCGAGAGAGACCAAGGACUGGGUCAUCACCCUCAUAGCCACCGCCGUGAAACAAGGAGGUGCAGGCUUGUCCGCCCACCCGGGGGAGGAGCCUAGCGGUGACAUCAUCGUGGUGUCGGCGCCGCGGUGCACGCUGCUGCGGGCGGCGGAGGAGCUGGGUCUGUGCAAGCCCUACCGCACGGGGGACAUGACGGCCUUCUCCUACCACGACAGGAGCAACUUCAGGGACGCCGAUGACGUGCAGGUGUUCCUGACCCUGGCUGAGAGACAGUACAUAGUGAAGUACGAGCUGGAGGGCCUGCGAGCUCAGAGGGACCUCAAGAUACCCGGACUCCCAGAGGGGCGCCUUCUGCAACGCCGUGAUAACAUCUGGCAGAAGCUGAAGGCGGUGGGCGUGGUCCAGGGCAUGUUUCCCCUGAAUGACGAGGACAAACUCAAGGCUCUAAGUGACUGCUGGUACUCUGGGAACCAGUUGACUCAGCCUCUGGACAAGAUCCACGCCUACUUCGGCGGUACCGUAGCGUUCUACUUCAGCUUCCUGGAAUUCUACACCUGGUCUCUGCUCCCUCCCGCCAUUCUGGGGCUGAUCCUCACAGUCUUCUCCGGGAGCGUCAACAAGGAGGCCAUGGACUCCAUCUCAGACUCCAAGGUCGCCGCGGGGGACGACGACGACGACCAGACGGUCAGCGGUCACAUGAUCCAGGCGGUGUUCAGCAUGCUGUGGUCCACGGUCGUCAUAGAGAUGUGGAAGCGCCGCAGCACCCUGCUGGCGUACCGCUGGGGCACCAUGCAGCUGGCCGAGCGCUUCUCGGAGCCCCGCCCCGCCUACCACGGCGCCCUGGGGGUGAACCCCGUGACGGGCCGCGUGGAGCCGCUGUUCCCCGCCUGGCAGCGGGAGCUGCGGAUGGCGCUGGUGUCGGUGCCCGCGGUGGGGCUGUUCCUGGGCCUGGUGGUGAUGGGGAUGCUCGGUUUCUACUGGGGGGAGGCCCAGGCCCAGAGCCUCCACGCUGAGUGGGACUCGCUGCUGUCCAGCGUGGUGCUCUACCUGCCCUCCGUGGCCCACAUCGUCUACACCAACGCCCUGGGGACGGCCUACAGGCAGGUGGCGCUGGCGCUCACAGAGUUCGAGAACCACAGGGAGGAGUCGGCCUACAACGAUCACCUCACAGGGAAGAUCCUCGUGUUCACCUUCUUCAACUACUUUGCCGUGCUCUUCCAUAUUGCCUUCUACAAGCAGGACCUGCCGCUACUCCGUAAGCGCCUGGCCUCCCUGCUGAUCAUCACCCAGCUGGUGAACCAGGUGACGGAGGUGGUGAUCCCCUUCCUGGUCGACCGCUUCCUCAGUGCGCCCAAGAGGAAGGAGAAGAAGGAGGACCCUCAGGAGGACAAGUUCAGGAACCAGAGCAGCCUUCCUGAUUUCCCUGGCCUGUUCUCGGAGUACAUUGAGCUGCUGGUGCAGUUCGGCUACUUCAGCCUGUUCUCCUGCGUCUACCCGCUCACCGCCGUGCUGCUGCUCGUCAACAACCUGACGGAGAUCCGCUCCGACGCCUACAAGAUGUGCAAGCUGUUCAAGAAGCCCUUCUCGGCCCCCGUGGCGGGCAUGGGGGUGUGGCAGACAGCGUUUGAGGUCUUGAGCUUCGUGUCGGUCAUCUCCAACUGCUGGUUGCUGCUUCUGUCGCCACGGUUACAGGAGCUGGGCCAGGAGAGCGGCGUCACUGGGACCAAUGUCGUGCUGGUGGCCGUCCUGAUGGAGCAUCUUCUGAUUAUGAUCAAGAUGGUUCUGGCCAAACUGAUCCCUGAUGAACCGGACUGGAUCCGAGUUAAACGAGAGCAGAACGAGUUCAUAUCAAUGCAGGCCUUAGGACAGCAGAAACAGUGAAGGGGAUUGUGGAGAGAACGGGGCAGGCCUGUGUUUGGAGCUUCAGUGCUGCAUUCACUCUCAUCCAGUCCUGCGUAGCUAGGCAACCGGUUGAGUAUCACUUCACCGAGAGCAGACUAUAUGCCCUUAUUAUAUCCUUCUGUCAGCUAGCAGUGCUUCAGGGCUAACCCCAGGCAAAUUCUCACACGCACACGCACGGCGGCAGGAGAAACUCGACAUGGGGGCAUCUGAAGUGACAGAGGGGGGGGGCACCACUAUUUUUCACUUGCUGAUAACCCAGGAGGGAUCAUAACCGCUGGUACAAUUACUCGCAAUGCAUUUGCAUUUAUUUUGCAGUCGGUUGAAUUGACCCCGCCCUUCUAUCCGGAAGGCCAGUAACAAUUUGUUUUUUUGGAGUUGUGUGAACGAAGCACUCGGACGCAACACAUGGGUCGAGCAUGACGGAUGGGGCAGGUGAAAAUACGGGAUAGGAGAUAUGGAUACAAAACUAAGGGGGGAGCCAUGUUUUAAGGGACAGGCGUUGAAGCCUUCUGGCCCCUUGGUGACAACGGCCGGAGCUCCAGUCCCAAGUGGGUCCCCAGGAGCUGCUGGGGGUUAUGCAAAAGGCGUUCAGCGUUCACAGACACCCUCUGUAACGCUCGCCUGGUGUGGGUAGUGCAUUUUUAUUCCAAGAGGACUUUUUAUCUGUUUUGAUUUUGAUUUGUACGGGUGGCUGUUGAGGCCCUGUGGAGACUGUUACGCUUCGCUCUGUAACGGACUGCUUUAAAUGCUACUAAUUGAUGAUAGUGGUACUUCCUAUUUUUCGAGUUAAGGUAGAGCGCGUCAUUUAGCGGCCGUAGCGCAUGGCUUUCAUACCCGGGUGCUGUUAGUGUAUAGAAGGUCCUGGUCCAUAUUGUGUGAGCGGAUGCUAGUGCAGAAUGACCUCACUACAAGGUGGCGUGUUGAACUACGUGGAUGUUAAUGAAUUUAAUAAAUUUAAUAACAACUGAAUUCGACCCUGAAUUAAAUAACAAUGGGUUGAAUAUUACCUGCUGAAUAAUUGUAUUUUUUAAAAGAUUGUUUUUUAAAAACAAAAUUCAACAACAAAACAUUUCAGGCAUUAAAUUGCAAUGCAAAAAGAUGUAAGCUUCAAUGGAGAAAAGAUUCCGGCUCACCGAAUUCACCAUGCCAUUUUGCAUUCAGGACAUUUUACAUACUUACAUAAUAUUGUUUGAUUCACACCUAGGCAUUGUAAUUUCCAGAAGCCUUAAAGUAUUGAUAAUGGUGCUGUGUUUCUUUUUUCAUGUGAUUCAUCACGGUUUGCUCGUCCAUAAAUACGCAUUAUCUGCUUGAUGUACUCUUAAAUCAAUGUGGCUAAAAUCCCCUUAACUCUCAUAAUUAACUCAUAUCCCACCUCACCAUACCACUUUCCUGGAAAAACAUUGUCAUAGAUUUCACAAGAAAUCGAUAAAGAAGAAAUCCCCAAGAAAGUAGAUCCGAUUCCUUAUUUAAUAAACAUCUUGAAGCUGUGGAUCUGAGAUAACACAGAGCAACCAAAGAAUUGUGCUUUUUAUGAAUGUUGUUUUACCAUAUAUAUUUAUACUUUGAGUAUUUCACGCGUUGUUUGCCUUAAACAGAUACUGUACUUGAAUGAGGUGGUGUUACACUUGCUUACGAAUGUUAUUUAAUGAUUGACUGCAGGCAUAUUGUGAUAAUAUAUAAGUCAAACAGGCACAGAGUGGAGAUGGACUGACGUUACAUCCAGGGAUCCAACCAUCUGAAAACUGCCCCUGGGCAAGGCACUAAAGAGAAGCAGGUUCUAUUCCCAGGCUGACCCUGACUUCUUGUGUGCGUCACGUUAUGCAGUAAUACCCUUUUUGUUUGUUGUUGAGAGUGAUGACCAAAUAUAUACUAUUCAUAGGCUUUUGUAAAUUUACAAUAAACAUGGCUUACUUCUCCUUGAA